CUCAUGGUUUUGCUGUAUGGUUUUAUCCGGAUACGGAUAAAACAAUUGACUGGUAAAUAUGGGGAGCCGAAACGUGACGUGAAUAUUUGACGGCAGCAUGCAGGCUUUAGGCAACACCCUCCGUGCGUUCGGGCAGAAACUGGACAAAGUCGGCGUCUCCAUUGAAGGAGCGCUUACCUACACCGAGCGAUUGGUGCCGUCGACUCGGUUGGUCAAGUUCGCCGGCCACAAGCCCACGCUCGCGGCCACGACAUUCGUGGCUCCGAAUGCGUCUGUGAUCGGCGAAGUGUCCAUUGGUCAAGGAAGUUCCGUCUGGUAUGGCGCGACUGUCCGUGGAGACGUGAACACCAUCACCAUUGGCGACAACACGAACAUCCAAGACCAAGCCGUUGUCCACGCGGCCAAGAUCGCGAACGAUUUCCCCACCAUCAUCGGGAACAACGUGACGAUCGGACCCAACGCCAUCAUCCAUGCGGCCAAGAUCAGCAACCAAUGCAUCAUCGGCACCGGUGCCCAAGUCUUGGAUGGGGCCGUGGUCGGCGAGAACUCGAUCGUUACGGCCGGGUCCAUCGUGACCCAAGGCAAGAACGUCCCCGCCGGCCAAGUACGUUGUCGCAUAUCUCUUGCAUGUUUCGAAGCAUGGUCUCUCACGGUUAACGUAGUUGUGGUCUGGUAUCCCUGCCCGUGCCGUGCGCGACUUGACCUCGGAAGAGAUUGAAUUCAUCAAGCAAUGCUCGUUGGAUUAUGUCGAAUUGUCGGAGGCGCAUGCCGUGGAAGCGGCCAAGUCCUUCGAAGAAAUCGAAGCGGACAAGGAGAAGCGCAAAAUCCUCGAUACCGUCGGCGAAUUGGGCUUGGAACAAAAGACCGAGAAACGCAUCGACACGGGUCUUUUCUUUAAAUAUUAAAAGACUUCCGUUCAUUGUUCUAAAAACCGCAACCCAACUGUAACGCAAUUAAAGACUACCGCUGCAGGGAUGCUUGUUGUCAUGCACGCAGUGCCCGCCCUUCUCCAGAUACCGCUGGUGGUAGUCGUCUGCAGGGUAGAAUACUCCCGCGGGGGCGAUCUCUGUCCAAAUGUCGCGCGCAAGAAGUGCUUCCUGCUUGGAUUUGGACGCGACGGCAGUAGCAUGUUGCGCGUCGCUGUGGAAGUAGAUGCCGGAGCGAUGGGGUGAACCAAGGUCCAUGUCGUCGAGGCCUUCGUACGAAGAUUGGAUUGCCCAAAAGUACUCCAGCAAGUCUUCGUAUGACACGGCGGUGUAGUCGAAUGUGAUCUGGACGGCAAGAGCAUGGCCGGUUGUGUCUGCGCAUACUUCUUCGAAUGUUGGUUCAUGCGUUCGGCCAUUGAUGAAGCCAACUUGGGUGCUGAUGACGCCAGUGACGCACUGGAAGUGCAGCUGGGCACUCCAGAAGCACCCCGCGGCAAACGUUGCGAGUUGAUGAUGCUUGAUCACCGACGGAGUUCGGGACAGGAUUCUGAGGUUGUUCAACAUGGUGGGAAAAAGUAAAUAUCAACCAGUAUGCGCAG